AUGACUGUAAUGACGCCGACUCAAAGUUAUGCGGAAAUGUCAGGAAUACCGAAUUACAUGAUUUCAGACGGUAAUCAAGCUCAAUUGCAACAGGUUCAUCACGAUGAUCCCAUUAGUAGGAAUGCUCGAAUAAGGUUAGAUUACAAGAAGUCCUUCCAAGACGACCUAAUAUUUUUUCCUGAACCCAAAAAUGAAAAUUUAUCGAUGAUUGAUACCAAUUUUGUGUUCCAGAGACCACAGCAUAAAGACCAACAUAAUAGUCAAAAGGAUAAUUUAGUACUCCUGAUGGCCUUGAAAAGGCAACAACAGCAACAACAACAGUUUUACCAAAAUCAGUUAGCCAUGCGUAAGGGAGCCAAUGAUACCUUUUAUCAUCAACCGCUACAACAUGAACAGCAUUAUGGGGAAAAUUACAUGUCCCCGCAAAACGUUUACAACUACAUGAAUUUGAGGGCAAGAGGAUAA